GACACGUAAAAUAAAAGUUCCCGAUGUGAUUUGACAAGUGCAGAAAACGUACAACAAUAUCAAUGGAAGAAAGCUUUGAGAAAACAAAUAACGUUAAUAAAAAAUUACCGUUGGAGGAAUUAGACCGAGAUGAAUUACUGAAACGCUGUAAGAGCUACUUGGCUUUAGCGCAAAGGGCAAAACAAGCUAGAGAUGAAGUGCAACAGAGAGAAACUAGCCUCCUUGACAAAAUUUCAACUCUUGAAAGUCAAGUUAUCCAGUUGGGAAUACAGGAAAAAACCUGCAGCAAUAAUGAAGAGGAACAUCUGGAAUCAAUUCAAGACCUUUCACUAACUUCAAAUGUCUCUGAUUUAGUAUCGCAAUUAAAACUGAAAGAUGAAGAAACAAAUUUGCUGCUAUCUAAAAGUGAAGCAAUGCAGGCACAGCUUAAAACUCUUGAAGAAAAUUAUGAACAACAAAAGGAUGGCUUUGUAGAAGAAUUAAAUAAAAUGAAUGAUGUUUUGAAACAGAGGGGUGAAGCCAUCACUAGGCUUGAAGAAAAAUGCCAAACAAAUGAAAAAGAAUUCAAGGCGAAAACUGAAACAUUCCUUCAAUUAGUAGCAGAGAGGGAGCGCAAAAUUGAACAGUUGGAGAGUGAAUCCAGUCGGUUCGAAACGCAGAGUGAAGUAAUGAGUACGUCAACCGUAAGCAAAGUGGAAGAAAUUCAUCGGAUGAAAGAUGUUGAAGAUUCCCUAGAAGAUAGAUACAACAAGUUGAAAAUGUUGGCUGUAAAAAUGAAGAGAAAGAUUGCAGAACAGAACACACAAUUACAAGAGAAAGAUAAUCAGCUGACUUUGUUAAAGGCGGAGGAUAAGAAAACACAUAUUCGAAAUAAUUCGUUAAAUUUGCAGGCAGCUCAGAAGGACAUUGAUCGAUUGAAUGAUGAAUUGGAUGCGAAAAAAUCGGAACUAUCCGUAAUGAAGAAAGAUUGUGAACAUUCAAUCCAAGAACUAGCAAAUAGUAGGCAAAGGGCAGAGGAAUUUAAAAACGAAGCUUCUCUCCUGAAAACAACAGCAGCGAACCUUGAAAUUUCAAAAAAAGUGUUGGAAAAAUCCUUUCAAGAACUCAAAGUCAUGUAUGAUGACAGUCGGAAGGAGAACGAAUCCGAAAAAAUCCUUAGAGUUGAAUUGAGUAAGGAAUGCGAUCGGUUUAGAAACGAAAUCCGCCAGCUGAAUUCCGCUAUUGACGAACUGAAUAAGAAGAAUCAAGCUGUAAAGCAAGAAUGUAAGAAGCAGAGUCUUUUGGAAAUGGAACUUACAGAUUACGAGAAAUCUGUUUCUGAGUUGAACGGACAAAUGGAAACGCUUCAGAAGGAGCUCGCUUUGAAACAAAACAUUGUCGAUCAACACAAGGAAGAAAAAUCUGGACUUCAAGCCCAAGUCUCUCUUUUGGAACAUCAAGUUGGCACGGAACAGCAACGAGCGACAGAUUUAAAAAUGAAUUUGGAUGCAGUUCAGUUAGAGUUAGAUUCCAUUCAAAACGAAUUACAACAACAACGAACCGAAAUUCGCCACGUCACUGCGAAGGCAGAAUCAAAAGAGAACGAAGUUGAUAAUCUAAAAUUACAGUUGUCCACCGUCAAUGCCGAACUUCACAAGAUUCAAACCGGAUCAUCACUACACAUUGAAACUCUCCGUAAACAGGUUGCGGCGCUUGAAGAAGCCACAGGAGCCGAGAAAAUGGCCAAAGACAGUUUGCAAUCCGAAUUGUCUGAGCUCCGUGCCGAGUAUGAAAAUUACAAAAUACGCGCCACGAGCGUCUUGAAGAAACAAAAGACGGAAGCGCAACCUUCGGCCACAUCCUCGAAAGAAACGGCAGAUGAUUUCAAUACGGAUCAAGUUGAACGAGAAAUGCUGCAACGAGUAGUCGAAGCUCUUAAGGGGAAAAUAGCAGAACUCGAGUCGCAGCUGGCGCAUUCACAAAGUGAAGUGUCCAAUUUCAGAGCGGAAAGGGAACGAACUGCGGCAACUCAAUCAUCAAUCGUUGAAGCUAUGCAGAACCGCUUGGAGCGUGCUGAAUCUGAAAUGGAGGUUAUCAAGCGAGAACACCAAGCGCAGAUUUCUCGAUUGCAAGGGGAUAAUCAAUUACUAGCUUCCUUACAUCGAGAACAAAUCGAUGGGAUUAAGUUACGUCAUGCUCAAGAAAUUUUUGAGCUGCAAAAUAAUUUAGAUGAAGUUGGACUGGAAUCCGCAAGAUUGCAGAAAAUGAUAUCUAGCUAUCAGGCACAGCGGACUGUCAGUCCACUUACAAAAGCGGGUGAUCUGCGACGUGAUGAAGCUUUCAUGAUAGAACGGGAACGUGGCGAAGGGUCUGAAGAUGGAAGUGUGACCCGCCGAUCGACGCAACGUGAGGACAGUGACAACGACUCACGAAAACCCAUUCCUUUGGAGCUCUUGCUGAAUUCUCAAUUGGCAUCUGAAGAAACUGUUGUUUUCCAAACCGAAUGCCCGGAAACCAUCUCCUUUGAACAGUACAGCGAAUCGUUGGCGCUGGUGGAGAAACGAUGCAAUCAUUUGUCUGCUCUGUUGGCGGAAUCGGAAGCUAACGAAGCUCGCCUCUCUCAACUUGCCGACGCCCUAAAAGAGGAAAUAAGGCGUUCCGAGCGAUCUGAAGAGCGACAAAAGCACAUCGAGAAUCUGGAGUACUUGAAGAACGUUGUCCUCAAAUUUGUUACCUUACCUCGAGGAGAAGAGCGUAGCCGGCUGGUCCCAGUGCUUACCACUUUGCUUCGAUUGAGCCCAGUAGAAGUUCAGGAGGUCCACCAAACAUUUAAUCGUACGACAGACGGAAUUGUCCGACCCAUUGGCUGGGGUGGCGUUUUCAACUAUUUCGCACCCAAUCAAUAGUCACGUGUGAUCUUUUCCGAAUUUGGGUCCUUGAUGUUCGUCAUACAACACUCUAGACCCCCCACCCCCUGUCCAUUUGUAAUCGGUUCGGUCCAACUUCUCCAUCCAUCUCUGCAUUGUUGGUAGUAUUGGCAGUAUUAUUUGGUACGAGCGUACGUCGAGUCGCUUUGGUUGAGGAAAACCACGAGAAUCGUUAGCAGCCAAAUAAGGAAAGCAAACUAUGCGUGUGAUUUUAGCCGUUGUAUAGUGUGAAAUCAAUAUUUAUGUACCUAUUAAGGAGAACGUUGGCUACUUUCUGGACUUGUGGAGAGGUGUGUGUUCAUUAUAUAAAUAAUCCCCAUUAUGUUUCCUUCUUUCGAAUCGGUGAUCACUAUUACAUCUUUUCGAAUGAUA